AUGGCAGUGACCGGCUCGGUUUGGCGGCUCCUACUCAUCGGUCUGGUAUUCCAUCUUGUCUACAUCGGAACGGUCUUCGACUGCUACUUCACCAGCCCCGUGGUCCAUGGCAUGCGACAACACUCCAUCGAGAGGGCGGAAGCCAAGCGGCUAGUGCUCAUCGUAGGUGAUGGUCUGCGGGCAGACCUCCUUCUCGCGAAGAAUGGCUUUUCCAUGAUUCCUGACUCUCCUGAAACAAUUGCUCCACACUUGAGGUCCAUUGUCGAGACGAGGGGCGCGUUUGGCAUCUCCCAUACACGCGUGCCCACGGAGAGUAGACCCGGCCAUGUCGCACUCAUUGGUGGGAUGUACGAGGACGUGUCUGCAGUGACGAAGGGAUGGAAGACGAAUCCUGUCGACUUUGACUCCGUGUUCAACCAAUCUAGUACGACGUAUUCAUUCGGAUCUCCUGACAUACUGCCUAUGUUUGCGCGCGGUGCAACCCCCGGGAAAGUGAAGAUGUGGUGCUAUGACGAAGACGAGGAAGACUUCACAAAAGAUGCGACGGCCCUGGAUCUUUGGGUGCUGGACCACCUAACUGCUCUCUUCCAUAAUGCCACUAUCGAUCCACAAUUGAACGACCGCCUGAGAGGAGACAAGACCGUCUUCUUUUUGCAUCUCCUAGGCUUGGACACGACGGGCCACUCCUACCGACCACAUUCGAAGGAAUACAUGGCCAACAUCCAAGUCGUCGACGGGAUUGUCAACAAGACGGAGGAGCUCUUCCGUGAAUUCUACGCAGAUCACGAAACCGCGUUCGUAUUCACUGCAGACCACGGCAUGUCCCAGAUUGGGAAUCACGGCGACGGCGAUCCAGACAACACGCGUACGCCACUGAUCGCAUGGGGCAAAGGCGUUCGUGGGCCGCUCCCCGACAGCAUCCCGUCUUCGCAUGAUGAGUAUUCAAAGCCAUGGGGACUGUCGCAUCUCGUACGGCGGGAUGUUGAGCAGGCCGACGUCGCUGCACUUAUGUCUACUCUCAUCGGGGUCAACUUGCCGGUCAACUCAGUUGGCGUCCUUCCCGACGUAGACCCGACGAAGCCUGGGUACCUUCUUCCCAGGGAGGGAGAGAAGACGCAAGCUGCAGCGGCUCUCGUCAAUGCCAAGGCCAUACUUGAGCACUACCGCAUAAAGCAUGACGAGAAGAGCACGCAUUCGCUGUUCUACAAGCAAUAUCCCUUCUUUGCAGCCGGCGAGGUUUUAGAAAAGGUUCCCGGAGAUGCUAAGCUAGCUGUCAUCGAGGGGUUGAUCCAACAAGGAGACUACUAUCAAGCGCGUUUGCAUGCAAAGGAGCUCAUCGAGCAUACGCUAGAAGGUCUGAGGUACUUGCAGACAUACGACCGCCUAAUGAUCCGUGGCAUUGUCAUCGCUGCCUACCUCGGCUGGAUCGCUUUCGGAGCUGUUUCAAUCCUCCUCCCGCCCACAGCAUCCCGAUCCUGGCGGAGUGCGCUCCCAUUCCACCUUCUUACGACGGUAGUACUGGGGGCCUUCUGGGCGCUAUUCUCAAAGCAACGAUCGCCGUGGUCGUUCUACGUCUACAUCGUCUUCCCGUGCUACUUCUGGGACCAGGUUUUAGUGCGCGCAAGUGGUCCGUUACUACACAAUAUACGGCACGCCCGGAUCGGUUCCUUGGCAGGGUAUGUGUUGCGUGGUACCCUUGUGGUAGCGGCGUUGCAGAGCAUGGUGGCAGGAUACACCCAUCGAUCCAUAUGGAGCGCCUGGUUUGCUGUCAUAGGCGUACUGUGGCCGCUCUUGUCUUGGCCUAGGGAGCUCCUAUAUAAAGAUCGGCAACUACUGUUGAGAUGGAUGGCAGCCUGCCUUUUCACCGCGGUCUUCCCCUUGCUCAGCGUACACCAGAAGGAGAAUUUGCCCAUCAUAUUGUGCAGCUCGCUGCUCAUAUACGCAAUCGGGGUUAUAGGGCUGCUCUUUACGCCCUACCCUGACAUAGACGAUCGCCGCCGCUUUGGGGCUGUGAUGUGCGUGCUGGUGCGCUGGAGCCUUUUCUUCACGAUAUUGAUCGUCCGGGACCUGCAAGAGAAAUGGCCCGUCCCACGCAUGUACCGCUUCUUAGGCUGGUGCACCUUCCUGGCUGGGAUCGUGACGCCUUUCGUGUAUCCCGCCCCGCGGAGCAACCCACACGGCCGCCUGCUGAGCUUCUUCCUCGGGUUCGGGGUGUGCUUCGUGUGGCUCACGAUCAGCACCGAGGGCCUCUUCUACAUCGCUUACUCGCUCACGCUCGUUCUCUGGGUGGAGGUCGAAUCUGCCUUGCGCCCAUACACGCUGGCGACAGAUGCUCCUGAUGCGAGCACGUACCGCCCGCAUGCGGACGACCUGCGUAUCGCGGUGUUCUUCCUGUUCUUCGUCCAAGUGGCGUUCUUCGGGACCGGAAACGUCGCGUCUAUCUCAUCGUUCUACCUGGAGCCCGUGUACCGCCUCGUACCGAUCUUCAGCCCGUUCCUCAUGGCCGCCCUUCUCAUAUUCAAGAUCGUCGCGCCGUACAUCAUCCUCGCCACGGCCUUCUCCAUCCUCAACGCGCGGCUCGACCUCCCGCCCUUCAGCCUCGUCCUCGUCGCGCUCACCCUCACCGACAUCAUGACGAUCACGUUCUUCCUGAACGUCACCGACACGGGCUCGUGGCUCGAGAUCGGGCAGACGAUCAGCUUCUUCUGCAUCGGCUCGCUGCUGCUCGUGUGGUCCGCGGGCAUCUGUGCGCUCGGCGAGCUGCUCAUGGCCGGCCAGCCGCGCGGUGCGUUGGGCGUCGAUGGGGCCUCUGACGGCAGGAAGAUACGUUAG